AUCAUCUGAGUGGUGGUUGCCAUGUCAGAUCCUGAGAUGGACCAUCUCCUGAAGGAGAUGAGUGACCUUGUCGAUCAGGCUGAACAUCAAGCUCACCUCCAGCAGCUUAUUAGCAUGGACCAGGAUGCAGAACCAUCCACCAGUAAUCCAUCCACCAGCCGGACAUCAAACAGCAAGCAAGAUGUUAGAUGGAUUAAGAGGGACAGUGAUGGAAACAUUAUUUACGGCAGGCCCAGAUCAUCCCGCAUCCCACAACCAGGUUCCAGUCACAGCCAGAGUCGAAAGACUGGUGUCUCUCACAGCAGGGCUCCGGAAACGAGUGAGGAAAUGACCAGUGACCUUCCUCCCAUUACUGCAUCAGAGUCCUUCCUUCAAGAGCUUCAAAGCUCACUGUUUGAGGACAUACAUGAGGAUGAAACGGCUCUUCAAGCCUCAACAGACUGGUUGACCCGAAAGAGCCUCAUAUCAGGAUGGUGGGAGAAAGAGAGACCCCGACUGGUCAACAUCAUUGUGGCUGGACAACAUGCGGCAACUCGGAUCUGCCAACAUUGUGGAAAUGGCCCAGCCGUUAUCCGUUGUUGUGAUUGUCGACCACACCCAUUCCUCUGUGGCCAGUGUGAUGUCAGGGUCCACCGAGAACAAGUGUUCCACAACAGGGAUUCGAUGACACACGCAUUUUUUUACCCAUUGCCUCCCACAACCUGUGUUGUGGAGAAGGUUCUAACCCAGUGUGAGCGUCUUGUACCUUUGGAGAUGCCAGAGACAAUAUGCGGUUGUCUACGAGAAUUGUCCAGUGUCAUUGCAGGACAGUCCAUAGUUGUGGUUACAAUGAAUGGGCGAUAUGAUCUCAGAUUGCCUCAGAUUAGAUGCAAAGCAUGUGAAGCCACUUGGAGUCCUGGAGUGGAUGACCUGAUCCGCAAUGACUACUGGCCUGCCACUUCUCACUUUUCUACUGUGUACAGAACAGAUGUCCUUUUUUCUUUUGAACAGCUGAAGAUGGCGGCACCAGGGAUGUCCAGCCAAGCAUUUCUUAGAAUGCUGGAUCAACGCACUCUUCGCUUUGGCCGUAGUGGAAACAUCACAGCAGACAGCUUCCGGAAAAGCUUCUUGGAGUGGGAAGCUGUCCUAUUCGAAGUGAACAAAUUAUGCCAGGAGGACCACUUUGAGUGCCCAGCGUGCAGCCCAGACAUGCUUGCAGUAUCCGUCGAUGGAAACCGUAAGCACUACAGAUUCAAGAGUGCAGCAAGAUCGGAGGAAAAAGCCAUCUUUGAUGGUGUGUUCAUCGCGAAUGAUGACGACGUCGCAAGAUUCGUGGACUAUGUCCGUACCUCAACCAGUCAUGUCUCUGGAAGAGGUGUCUGUGGAGGGCAAUGGUCAGCCGCCCGUGAAACGUCUCAGAAGACGUCUUCAGGAUCUCCUCACCAUGAGGCCGUUUCUUUCUGUUUUUCAUGCAAAAGCUCAUGA